UAGCACUAGUAUAAUAGGUAGGUUUAUAAGAGAUAGUGAGUAGUAGAGCAUCAUAUUAUAUUUUAUAUUAAAUAAAAUAAAAAUGGGUUCCCUUAUGGCUGGUUGGGAUUGUUAUAUUCCAGACCCCCAAAUUGUGAAAUAUAAGAGAAACAAGUCAUUAACAAAGGAAGAGAUAGAGGCAUUCUGGAGAUCCAAAAAACAUAGAGAGGAAGAUGAGGUGAUGAGUAAUUCUAUGUUAUCAUCUCAAACCCAAAUUCAUGACUACCAGGCAAAUAAUGAAACAACAAACUCCAAGGAUGAUGAUGAGGAGAAACUCAUCAAGAAACAUGGCUGGUACGUACGUAUAUUAAAGUGGGUAAGUAGCAGUUUGGCACAUUUGAAUGAGCCACCAGUCUUACCACCACAAGAGCCUACUACUUACAAGCGUGUCUCGCUCUUCAAACAAUCUGGAUAGUCUUUUCUUUAAUACCUACUAGCUACUACGUACUUAAUAAGUUUUCAGUUUUAAACAAAACAUAUCUAAUUAGGUGUUUGUUGACCUUGGUUUAUAUAUUAAUUCUAAGGUGGUGUUCAGCUUGUAAAAUCCCACUCAAACGUUACUGCAUACUCCACUUCCUAUAUAAACAUAGUUAGG